UUAUUUAUGGCUGCGCCGCUCGGCCUGUGGGAUCUUAGUUCCCCAACCAGGGAUCGAAAUGGGGCCCAAGCCAGUGAAAGCGCUGAAUCCUAACCACUGGAACACUAGGGAAUUCCCAAAUCCUUCCCUUUCAAAACACAGUAACUAUUGGUACACUUUUGAGGAAGUAAGUAGCCCAGAUAAGGAGGCUCUUAAUGAAAAUGGGAUUUUUAUUUAUUUUUUAACUUUUGGGCCACGCAGUUCCCCGACCAGGUAUUGAACGUGGAACCCCAUCAGUGGAAGCGUGGAGUCCUAACCACUGGACCGCCAGGGAGUUCCCUGAAAGUGGGCUUUCUAGAUAGAGGACAACAUGAGUGUGCCCAUGUGUCUAUUUGUGUUUAUCAUUCCCUACGUUGAGAUUUGGUUCAGCAGCUCUGGACGUUCCUAUCUCUGGCCAGUACCGCGCCUGUUUCUGCAGACACUCAUUUUGGAGAACACUGACCACGUGGUCUGGGUCAGGCCUUACCCCUUCUCCCUCUAAGCCAUGGUUGCCCUCGAGUGGCUGUUCCUAGCCUGCAUUUAUUGAGCACACAAGAUGGUUUAAUGCCACAGCCCUACAUAGUGUAUGUGCUAUUUCUGUAAUUCCUUUUCUUUGAAACAUUCUUAGUCUAUGAAGACUUCAAAAACUCAUGGGUGGGCUCGUUCUCUGUCUAGCUGUGGCCGGCUGAGGCGGUGCGGCGGCAUGGGGACGGUAGCCUUGCCCCGCUACUGCAGCACUAGGGUGUCAGUUGGUCCCGCCCAGAACACUUCAGUUCUGCCCUGCAAGGAUAGAUAUAUUUGAUAACUGACUGGUGUGUCCCUUUAAUAUAAGAAAAUGGAAACUGAACAGCCAGAGGAAACCUUUCCCAACACCGAAACCAAUGGCGAAUUUGGUAAGUGCCCUGCUGAAGAUAUGGAAGAGGAACAAACUUUUAAAAGAUGUAGAAACACUGAUGAGAUGGUUGAAUUACGCAUUCUGCUUCAGAGCAAGAAUGCUAGGGCAGUGAUUGGAAAAGGAGGCAAGAAUAUCAAGGCUCUCCGUACAGACUACAAUGCCAGUGUUUUAUUCCCAGACAGCAGUGGCCCCGAGCGCAUAUUGAGUAUCAGUGCUGAUACUGAAACAAUUGGAGAAAUUCUGAAGAAAAUCAUCCCUACCUUGGAAGAGGGCCUGCAGUUGCCAUCACCCACUGCAACCAGCCAGCUCCCGCUAGAAUCUGAUGCUGUGGAAUGCUUAAAUUACCAACACUCUAAAGGAUGCGACUUUGACUUCGAGUUGAGACUGUUGAUUCAUCAGAGUCUGGCUGGAGGAAUUAUUGGGGUCAAAGGUGCUAAAAUCAAAGAACUUCGGAACACUCAGACAACAAUCAAGCUUUUCCAGGAACGUUGUCCUCAAUCCACUGACAGAGUUGUUCUUAUUGGAGGAAAACCUGAUAGGGUUGUAGAGUGCAUAAAGAUCAUCCUUGAUCUUAUAUCAGAGUCUCCUAUCAAAGGACGUGCUCAGCCUUAUGAUCCCAAUUUUUACGAUGAAACCUAUGAUUAUGGUGGUUUUACAAUGAUGUUUGAUGACCGCCGUGGACGUUCCGUGGGAUUUCCCAUGCCAGGAAGAGGUGGUUUUGACAGAAUGCCUCCUGGUCGGGGUGGGCGUCCCAUGCCUCCAUCCAGAAGAGAUUAUGAUGAUAGGAGCCCUCGUCGAGGACCUCCUCCACCUCCUCCUGGACGAGGGGGCCGGGGUGGUGGCAGAGCUUGGAAUCUUCCUCUUCCUCCACCACCACCCAGAGGAGGAGAUCUAAUGGCCUAUGACAGAAGAGGAAGACCUGGAGACCGUUAUGAUGGCAUGGUUGGUUUCAGUGCUGAUGAAACCGGGGACUCUGCAGUAGAUACAUGGAGCCCAUCAGAGUGGCAGAUGGCUUAUGAACCACAGGGUCGCUCUGGAUAUGAUUAUUCCUAUGCAGGGGGUCAUGGCUCAUACGGUGACCUUGGUGGAUCUAUUGUUACUACACAAGUAACUAUUCCCGAAGAUCUGGCUGGAUCUAUUAUUGGCAAAGGUGGUCAGUGGAUGAAACAAAUCUGUCAUGAGUCAGGAGCUUUGAUCAAAAUUGAUGAGCCUUUAGAAGGGUCCGAAGAUCGGAUCAUUACCAUUACAGGAACGCAGGACCAGAUACAGAAUGCACAGUAUUUGCUGCAGAACAGUGUGAAACAGUAUGCAGAUGUUGAAGGAUUCUAAUGCAAGAUAUUUUUUCUUUUUUAUAGUGUGAAGCAGUAUUCUGGAAAGUUUUUCUAAGACUAGUGAAGAACUGAAGGAGUCCUGCAUCUUUUUUUUUUUAUCUGCUUCUGUUUAAAAAGCCAACAUUCCUCUGCUUCUUAGGUGUUCUGCAUUUGAGGUGUAGUGAAAUCUUUGCUGUUCACCAGAUGUAAUGUUUUAGUUCCUUACAAACGGUUGGGGGUUAGGGGAGGGUGUGCAAAAACAUUGAAAUUUGAAACAGCAGAGUGAGUGAAUUUUAAUUUUUGUUCAUUGUUGGUGGUUUUAAAAGAAAAUCCCCCCAUGUAAUUAUUGUGAACGCUUUGCUUUGUGGUCACUGUAACAUUUGGGGAGCUGGGAUAGGGAGGAGAAGUAACAAUAGUCCAUAUGUCCCUGGCAUCUAUUCAGAGCAGUGUGCAGAAUGUAAUGCUCUUUUGUAAGAAACGUUUUAUGAUUUUUAAAAUAAAUUUAGUGAACCUAAAA